CCCUGCCCUGGCAUGACGGUCCACCACCACCACCACAAUCCGUGGUCAUUAAUAAGGGUGUCUCCAUUUUACUUCAACCAGCGGUGUGGAUCACGCGAGGGCCCUUUUGCCUGCCUUGAAGAUCCAAAAGGUAGAAGGGAGGUGGCGGUGGAUUUGCUGCGGUAUAGAUUUCUUUGGGCAUUUCAAAAUGGCUUUUAUUGUCUCGUUAGAAAUAGACUUGAGCAUCUGUUUUUCCGUUACAAGUAGCUUUCAAUUUUUUUCAAGAUCAAGAUGUUUUCAUCCUAACUUAAGUGAUUAUUUAAAUCAUUCUCUUUGAUAAACUCUCACAUCAAUUUAGUGUAUUUUAAGAAAAUAAUCUUUGAUUAAUAAUUUAUUAAAGUUUAAACCUUGAAAGUUAAAGUAGGAUGUUAACCUAUCUCGGUAUGCCCUGUCAAAAAGAUGGUCUGUAUAAGGCAUUCCCCAGCCCAUACAAACGCUCUUCUCUUUUCGCAGCUCCACUGGCGCUUAUAUGCGUGGCCCAAGCCCACACACGCUCUGCUUCCCUUUGGUAACAUUUCAAAACAAGCAGCGGACACAAAUCAGUUUGUAUAACUAACGGCUAGUUUUUUAUUCCAAUCACAAUCACAGUUGCAAUCUCUCUCUCAAGAUUCAAGAAGAAGAAGAAAGUGACGAAUGGAUCCAGAGACGGAGUUUCUCGCAUCAAAACAAGAGACGGGUAACGAGUGGGAACUGUUCAAAGAAAAUGUAAGACCCUUGAAAAGAGGCCGCAAUGUUGGCCUCUUGAAUCAAGCCCUCAAAUAUCACUCAGAAUAUCAACUCAAGAGAUCUCUCCUGGAUACCCGAAGGAAGUUGAUCGAAGCUAUUGAUGAGUACGAAGGGGAUGACCCUCUCUUGCCAUGGAUCGAGUGUAUAAAAUGGGUUCAAGAGGCAUUCCCACAAGGAGGAGACAGCUCAGGCCUCAUACUCAUAUACGAACAAUGUGUGCGUGCCUUUUGGCAUUCCGACCGGUACAAGGAUGAUCUCCGUUACCUCAAAGUUUGGUUAGAAUACGCUGAAAACUGUGUUGAUGCAGAAGUCAUUUACAGUUUUCUUGAUGCAAAUGAAAUUGGCAAGUCACAGUCUGCCUAUUACCUUGCAUAUGCUUUGCAUAUGGAAUCCAAGUCUAAGAUGAAAAUUGCAAAUGACAUUUUCAAUCUUGGGAUAUCUAGGGAUGCUCAACCAAUAGAAAAAUUGAAGGAUGCCUACAGGAAGUUUCUUAUUAGAUCAAUGACAAAACCAAAAGUUGUGGAGGAUGACGGUGGAGAAAGUCACUUACCAGUCCGAAGCUUUGGAACUGUCUUGUCCAGCGCAGAUAAUCGGAGGCAAAAUAUGGAGAGAUCCGAACUUGCAAAUAAACAAAUGAAGCCGGACAGGACUCAGAAGAUCCCCCUUUCUAUUUUCAAAGACACAACAAAUAUUGAUGCCAUGCCAGGACAUCAAUCAGUUAAGGCCAAGCCAGAGUUGAAUCCUUGGAGCACUCUUGGAGCUCGAGAAGAGAGAAACAAAGAAAAUAGUGCAGUGCCUACCAAAUGGACAACAUACAAGAUUCCGCAGAGACCUGGAGCUAGAUCUGGAGGGGUAACUGCAGGUGCCUCCAUUGAAGUGUUUGUUGACGAGGAAUGUUCCAAAAAGGUUAGAGCACAUGAUCACGAUGGCAUGUCUUCGACAUUGAGGCUGAGACAGGGGGACGUCCUAGACAUUAAGAAGGAAACAGAUCUCUUAAGGGAGAACCCACUAAGGAAUUUUCCUUUGCGUAGCCUCCCUAGAAUCUGGAAGUUCAAAGGAGGGAGCUUGUGGAGUUCUCGGGAGGACCUGGCAAACGGAUGCAAUCUUGAUUGAAGGAGAAUUCCGCAUCAAUACGAGGCAUUCCUGAAAGGCGUGCUAGGUGAAGCAGAUCAAGACCCGGAUGCUCAUGCAUUGAGUGAAUUGAUAGCUUCAAGUACAAAAAUCACUAACCAGGAAAUUCAUUCCACUUGCUUUUUCGAUAAAGGGUGGCAAAAGUUGAGAUGAAGUUGACAGCAACUGAGGUGAUUUUGCAGGAUAAGAGGCCACUGGUCAUGUGUUAAUAAUACAAGCAUGCAUAGGCAACCCCUUAAGAAUCACCUUCAAGUACUGCAAUAAGAUUAGUUAAUCAUUUUGAAUUUCUAAGCCUCGCUUUUCUCUGGAAUGGAACGUGCAAAUUAAAGAAUUUAGCCCUUGAUAAUUUUAUGUGAGAGAUAUGUCGCGCCUGA